CAUCGUUCAAGAGUCUUGCUGCUGUCCAGACUCUGUUAGCAGGACUUCAGAGCCGCUCGAGCUGUCGCGGACUCCACAUUCCACCAGCAAAAGCUCUUUGUGCGUGCCUGUUGGAAGCAUCCUCUGUUUCUCGGCUGGUGCCCCGAGGCGAACCCUCAUACCACACAUACACACUCCCACCACCAAUCCACGUCACACCGUCCACGACACACAUUGCUACACAUUCACGCCGGGCGAGUCACCCUAACCAUCCGCAAACAUGUCUGACGACGAGGAGCAAUACUCCAGCGAGGAGGAGGUGGUCGAGGAAACGUAAGCAGCCGGAGAGGAAGAUCGAGGAGUCUGGGGAGAAUAUCGAGUUUAUGAAGAGGCAGGAACAGAAGAGAAGCGACUUAGACGAGCAACUGAAGGAAUACAUUGCAGAAUGGCGAAAGCAGAGAGCCAAGGAGGAGGAGGAACUGAAGAGAUUGAAGGAGAAGCAAGCGAAGCGCAAGAUCACUCGCGCGGACGAAGAGAAGAGAUUGGCCCAGAAAAAGAAGGAAGAGGAGGAACGUCGCCAACGUGAAAUCGAGGAGAAGAAACAGCGCGAUAUCGAAGAAAAAAGAAAGCGUCUGGAAGAAUCAGAAAAGAAACGUCAGGCAAUGAUGCAAGCAAUGAAGGAUCAAAGCAAGAAGGGCCCCAACUUUACCAUCACCAGGAAAGAUCUAGCAGGUAACCUUACGUCGGCGCAACUGGAGCGUAACAAGACGAAAGAGCAGCUCGAAGAGGAGAAGAAAAUCUCGUUGAGCAUUCGUAUCAAACCCCUGGAAAUCGAAGGUUUGUCCAUUGAAAAGCUCCGGUCCAAGGCCAAUGAACUCUGGGACACCAUAGUUAAGCUGGAAACUGAAAAAUACGAUCUUGAGGAGCGACAGAAACGCCAGGAUUAUGACCUUAAAGAAUUAAAGGAACGUCAGAAGCAACAAUUGAGGCACAAGGCCUUGAAGAAGGGUCUCGAUCCUGAAGCUCUCACCGGCAAGUACCCCCCUAAGAUCCAAGUCGCCUCCAAAUACGAACGUCGUGUCGAUACCAGGUCUUACGACGAUAAGAAGAAGCUGUUCGAGGGUGGAUUGACCGAACAGCAGAAGGAGUUCAUAGAGAAGCAAUGGGCUCAACAAAAACAACAAUUCCUCGGUCGUCAGAAGACGAAGUUGCCGAAAUGGUUCGGCGAGAGGCCAGGCAAGAAACCUGGAGACCCCGAGUCACCGGAAGGCGAAGAAGACGUGAAGGCUGCGGCUGAGGACGAAGAAUUGGAGGAGCCAACGUUCGACGAAGAAGAGGAGGAAGAAGAGGAGGAGGAAGAGGAGGAGGAGGAAGAAGACAAGAAAGAAGGUGGCGGUGGUGAAGAGGAGGAAGAAGAAGAGGAAGAGGAGGAAGAGGAAGAGGAGGAGGAAGAAGAAGAGGAGGAAGAGGAGGAAGAAGAAUAGAAUCUUUUUUCCGUUAAAUCGGCACCUAACCACAGAUUCAAUCGAUCGAUCAUCAAACAAUCUCGAAACAUCCUUCGUACCAUCGAACAUACGUAUAUGUGUAGCCGUGGCGACAGCAGAGAGCAACAAUGGCCCCGCCAUUGUACCAGAAUCUCGUCGUUAUAGUUGGCUGUCCGUUUCGAGCUUCACGCGACAUCGAAAUAAUGGUCACGAGGGGCAGACGUAUAGAAACCGGAUGUCCGCGUCUCUUUUACAUUUCCCCGCGAACAUGCAAAUCUAUAAUGGCGAGCAUUCCGGCUGGAUAAUACAAGCUGUUACCACUUCUCGGCUGUUCAACCACUGCUAUUACUACUUCUACUACUAUUAUUCUACUACUUCUAUUGCUACUAUUAUUAUUAUUAUUAUUAUAUUGUACAAAAUACACGCACACACAUUAUUAAAAUAAAACGGUUUAUCGUAUAAGAUUUCGAAAGGAAACCUGUCUUAUCCCCUGGGAGAAGCUCCUCGAUUUCUUACGUGUAAGAGAAAUGUUAAUCCUUGUUGUAAAUGUUGGACUCUAUGUUGGAAAAAAGUACGGCUUUCGUAAAAAUAUUCUGACGGUUUACAUUCAUUCGAAUUUGCUUAACGAUUAUUCUGUUUGAUUUUCUUACUUCUGCUCUGAACGAUUUUGUCGACAAUAAAGUG